AUGGAGGUUCCUAGAAGUUCCAUGUCUCAAAAUGUAUAUACGCCAAACCCUACAUCUUAUCAUGGAGUGCCUAUAGUAACGAAAAGCGACGAGCACAAUAACGUACAGCCUCGAGAAGUGUAUGUUCCGAUACAGCAGAACAAUGUACCUUCUACAUCGAGGGAUAUAUCGGCAGACUCUUUUGAUUAUGGUGAGUUCUUUGGUUAUUUAGGUAGAGUUACUUUAAAUUUUGCUUUUUUGGGUACGAAAAAUAGCCAAAUUUAAGGACUUUCUACUUAAAAUAUUAUUUUUUUGAGUUUAGGUACAAGAUCGAACAGCUCUGACGCUCAACAAAGCGCGCCGGAUUACAUGAAUUUGUUUUUGAAUGGAGAGUUUGUGGAUAUUCCAGCCAAACUCUUUGAAAACGUAAGUACAAUUGAUUUCGUUGUAGCAGGGGCAAAUACAUUAUGAGAUUGUGUUGAUUUUGAUUUUACAUGCUUGUAUAAUGUUUUUUUUAUCUUUAGGAGGCAAUAUUCCGAUCAGUGAUAUCAAGGGAAUCUUUUGACAAGCUCUCAAGUGAGGCCAAGUAUCGACUCAAGGUGAAUAUUUUGAUUUACAUUUAUUUGCGGGUUUUAUUAGAUUUUUACAAUAAUAUAGCGUUAAGGGCAAAUUUAUAAAUCUGUUUUAAAUAAUUUCAGGUUUUAUUUAGUACGCAUAUUAUUUUUAUUUCAGGGAUUCUUGCCCUCUGCGUUCAUGGAGAAACAAAACUUUGAAAAGGAUUUGGAUAUAGCGUUUACAGAAGAAGCUUUUAUACCAGCACCAUUAGUCGUCUAUCAGAAAACACGCGGUAUGUUUUUAAACUUAAAACUGCUUUUGAAGUUUUAAAAUUUAGGUAUUAGUUUUCCACUGUGACCUACUAAAAUAAAAGUUCAAUGAAUUUGGGACACUAAUAUCGCGAUUUUUAGACUUUUUGGUUCUAAAGUUAACUUCUUUUAAUUUAAUUGUUUUUUUUUUAUAUUGACAUUUUUAGGCGGUUACUAUAAUCAUCCUCACUCAGCAGAUCCAAAUCAGCUUAACAGUUACUAUAGGGUGUUACACAAUCAUUUUAUCAGAAAUCACAGUAUGAGGUUGUUACGAAAGUUGCUAUUGAGUAGAAAGGUAAGAUCUUAAAUUUUGUUUUAUAUUUUUUAAACUUUGUUUUACUGUUAAAUAUUGAAAUAAGGACAGUUGUGUCAUUUUGACUGUAAAAACUCCAUUUUUAAAAAUUUGUUUUAAGAAACUUAAUUUUUUAGACAAUACUAGAAAAAGCGGAGCAUGUUGGGUUCAACGAAGAGAUUAACCUUAACAUUCCAAGCUUAAAACGGCCAAAGAAGAAAGAUGUUGUGAUAGAGAAACGAUCUCAAUAUCGACUAAAAAUGCUCUUUAAAGAAGUCAAAAGGAUAUCAGGGACUGAGGAACGCGACAGUUCCGAUGACGAGAACGAUGAAUUUGAAAAACCUUUUAAACCGUGCAACAAAGAAGCCAAAUCAACGUUAUACGAGCCUAAAAUGGCAGAAUGUGAUCUCGACCUAUAUCAACCUCAUUGUCUACCUGAUGUCAAGGAGAUGUUGAUCCAGUACAAAGCAUUGAGGGAAAGGGCACCAGAUUGUCCUACCUUGGAUACGGCAGGUAUCACGUUGGAGUCAGUGUACGAAAGAGUUGGAUUGUCUUACCAGUCGGAGAAGAACCACGCUCUAAAUGUUUGUGGUAUAUCGCCUGAGAAACCACCGCCCAAGAAAGCCAAAAACUAA